AUGAACCCCUACGUACUUACCAUCUUACUUUCUAGCUUAGGUUUAGGCACAGUCCUCACCUUCGCCAGCUCACAUUGGCUUCUCGCAUGAAUAGGCCUAGAAAUUAAUACACUCGCUAUUAUUCCGAUCAUGGCACAACAACAUCACCCUCGAGCAAUUGAAGCUACUACCAAAUAUUUUUUAACACAAGCAACCGCCGCAGCAAUGAUCCUAUUUGCUAGUACUACCAAUGCCUGACUAGUAGGAGAAUGAGAAAUUCACCAGCUAUCCCACCCCUUGGCAACUACAACAGCAAUACUAGCCCUUGCACUUAAACUUGGACUAGCGCCCGUUCACUUCUGACUUCCAGAGGUUCUUCAAGGACUUGAACUUACUACAGGACUUAUCCUGUCAACAUGACAAAAACUAGCACCUUUCGCACUUAUAAUUCAAGUAGCCCCAGCCAUUGACCCUUCCUUACUUAUCGCAUUAGGCCUUCUAUCAAUCCUCGUAGGAGGAUGAGGAGGGCUUAACCAAACCCAGCUACGUAAAAUUUUAGCAUACUCUUCAAUCGCCCACCUAGGGUGAAUAGUGCUCAUUUUACAAUUCGCACCUUACCUGACACUCCUUAGCCUUUUCCUGUACAUCAUCAUAACAUCUUCAGCAUUCCUUGCACUAAAAGCCAACAACUCUUUAACUAUCAACACUCUAGCAACUUCCUGAACUAAAUCCCCUGCUCUCGCCCCACUAACCGCUCUAGUAUUGUUAUCCCUAGGAGGCCUCCCUCCUCUCUCGGGAUUUAUGCCUAAAUGACUUAUUUUACAAGAACUCACAAAACAAGAACUUCCACUACCUGCCACACUAGCUGCCAUAGCAGCCCUCCUUAGUCUCUACUUUUAUCUACGCCUCUGUUAUGCCAUAGCCCUUACUAUUUACCCCAAUACCUUAACUGCUAUAACCCCAUGACGCCUUGACUUUACUAUCAUUACCUUGCCCCUUUCGAUUGUUACUAUUAUAGCCCUAGCCCUACUUCCCCUCACUCCAGCUGUAACUGCAAUGUUAACCUUGUAA